GAUAAGUGUUGUUUACAAUUGGCUUAGGCCACGGGGAGGGUUGCUGCAUCACCGUGACUCUAAAACCAUCCCUUUGACAAUACGCAGGCUACAUUUGGUCAACCCGGUCGCCAGUGCUAGUCAUGGUAGUCAGUUUGUCCUCGUAAUGCUGCAUUCUCAAACAACUUAGUAAGCCGUUCGACCGUGCAGCCUUACAUAUAGUAGACAUCCGGGUGUUGGGUUACCUGUCGUACACAGAGAGAGGAGCUUUCAAUUUGAAGCCAUGCUGACAAAUGACAAUGAAGCGAGAAGGGAGAAUGGCAAGGCCAGUCUGUCUGUGCUAUUGCUUGGACUCUUUCUCAUGAUUUCAGGGAUCAUAAUCACCCUCAUUGGAUGGUUUACUUGGUCAACAGGGAUAGGAGUGGCUCUGAUAGCCAUUGGGCUGAUGUGCGCCUCCCUGGGAGCCUGGAGGAUGUACCACUACAGGUGUGUGCAGGCCAACCAAGACGAGAGGCAAGGGGAGUCCAGCAUGUUCACCAUCAGCCCCUACGCAGGGAGCACACUGCCACCGCCCGCGUACGCUGCCUACGCCUAUGACAAUGCCGCAGCCAUGCCAGGCACAGGGCCUGCCUAUCUUCCGCCUCCACUAUACAAUGGAGCGGCUAGCCAUAGUGGCAUGGUCAGCACACCUGGGCUGAUGCCGUACCGUGCUGUGAACGUCACGUGGACAGAGGCUGCCUUGCAAGUGCCACCGCCCUCCUACGAGGAGGCCAUCAGCCAUCCAAGCACCUGGGUCUACCAGACGGAAGAUCCCUCUGCCGCACAAGAGCAGCCUAAGGAUGAAAACAUCCCCAAUAACCGGUCGCACGAAUCAGGCCAGGGGACAAACGAAUCGUAGCAGGAAAUGCUAAUUGUAAAUUUGUAUCAAUAAACUGCGUAAUUUUGUACAUGAGAUAUUAUCGGUCGUGAACAUUUUUGUAACCAGUUUUUUUCUAUAAGAGGUAGGCAAGGGCAUGUACAGUACUUUGAAAUAAAUUCAGUGCAGUUAUCAUUCAAUAGCAUACUCAGGGUCUCCAACACAUUUUAAAAAGUACAAAAUGUGCUAUCAGCAUCUUGUCACGAGACAAGAAGAGCUCGAUUCAGAAACCGAGCAGCGAGCAGUGCAUCACCCUGCAGAAAGCGGAAAUGGGAGAUGACGUUGCAGAACUACUUUGAGGUCACUUCAAUGGGCUUCUUGAUCUACGUUGGGAACGAUAUCUUGAAUAUGCUCUGCAGAAAGCGCUAUAAAUCGAUGAAAAAAAAGGUUUAAAUUAAUUAUCAGACUAGAAAUGACGUGCGGUCAUUGUUGACCAGGCCGCGACAAUGAUCUAACUUCAUUUAAGUAGUUACCUUCAACUAGUUCUAUAUGUAGAUCAUCUGCUUAACGGGCGAUAUGAACCCAUUACCACAACAAACAACUCCCACCAGUCGCCACUAAGUGACGGUGAAGUCACCACGGCGCCUGUGCCAGGCCAGGUGCACUUUGAGGCCACGUGAAGUGUCGAAGGCUCGCUGACAGGUCUCGGGACAGACCCAGGUGCCAUAGGUUGGUUGACCGAGAUGACCGGCAGAUGCAACAGCUGUACCGCCCAUAUUAAUAAAUUGUGCAACCCUAAGGAUAGGCAACGACUUAACAGUAUAUUAAUCUCACAUUGUCCUGAACGGGCCUUGUAAACAAAGCCUAGUCAUCAUGCAGGGGUUGUUUUGCAUACAAUUGAGACAACUCGUGUCGUUGGGGGCACGCCAAAAGGUUUCAUCAGCUUCACAACACAAAGCAGUGUCCGUGAUCUUGACUCCCCGCGUGCCCUAAACACGUUUUGUAAACUGGCGUAUACGUAAGGUGCACUGUGAACGGAAAAUGUUCAGCUUGUACCGACAGUACUUGUGUAAACCUGAAAUUGGUUAGCUAUUAACGUGUUUAUAUUACAGUACUAACAUGCGCAGCACAAUACUUUACACAAGUGCUUUUCAACGCGUUUAAAAUGUAACGUGCUGACAUCACGUCCUGUACAUGCGAAAUGGGUUGACUAACCACUCUUUGUUGAUAUUUGCAUCUGACAUAGUGGGGGGGGGGGGGGGGGUGUUAACAAAUGCCUAUUUUGCCUGAGAGAAGAAACAUACCUGUCUUGAGUAGGUUAACAUUUCAGACAUCUGUUUUGUCUGAGCAGGGAAUGCCGGUGUAUUGACCCCGCCAUCGUCCGAGGCUCAGCUUUACCAUAUGGUACCUUGGCAACACCAUGGGAAUUUGAGACGAUUGAUCCGUGGAUAUUUUUAACGUGAGCAGUAAUUGAACAGAAAACCACUCUCUAAACAAUAUAACUAGAUUUGAAUUAAAGCUAUACAUGUAGUGAACUUAUAGAACUGUGUCCAGGGAGGUAGAUAAUGUUUAGCGUGUGAGUGUAGAAGUUGCAUACGCACUUAUGUAUACAGGCCAAUUCUACUCUGACGACACGACAUGACAGUGCAACAUUACAAUAGCAGCCAUGAUCAUUUGAAGGAUGUCCACCAUAAGUUAUACAUAUUGUACAGAUGACAGUAUUACAAAUUCGCCUUUAAUUGCUACGCAAUAUACUGCAUUGAUUAAGGUUGUAUGUUUUUGUUUGUACUGCUUUUUUAAAAUUCGAGACUAAUGUACAUAUACGUUCGGGUGAAUAAAGCUGCUCCGUUAGACUGAGAUCGCAAUGGGAAUCGCUUCAAGUUUAGCUUUGGCCAAUGGAUAAGAGACGGCCAAUUGUGCCGAUGCUAUGCACAGUGUGGAUCAGCGUGUUUCUGCGGUGAUCCAUUCGGGUUUAAAUCAGCGCGCGUUAAUUAAACUCGACGGAACCCUGCGACUUAGCCAUGCCCAUUGUCUCCCCUCAUUUCCAGCAGAGUUCUUAGGAAGGGGGCCAGCCGAGUUUUAAUAGAUUUUCAUUUAAACAUUUAAAUAAUAGAUUGCCAUUUAAAUAUUCCAGGGACAAUGUCCUCUGUGUCUCUUUAACUGCUCUCGGCACCUGAAUUUAAUCGCAUUAAAUCUCAUUUUAUGUUUUCUUCUAAAUUGCUCUCUCUGUGUUGUGUCCAAUGGUUUAAUAGCAUUGUUUAGUUUUACUUACCAUCUGUUUUAUGUUUGUUGAGUUUGAAUUGUAGAAUUGUGGCGUGG